AUGGCGGAAGCACCACAAGUCGCGCUUGCGGAUGGCAUUGAGGUAUCCGACAAGCCUGUGCUGCAUUCAUCCACAAGUGAUGUCUCGAAGACGAAGUACAGCCUCGACGGUGUUGACGACGGGGAAGCCGGUGACGAUAUCUACGACCAAGCAAAUCCGUCGCGGCCAGGAUUUACAAGGUCGGAUCAGAAGGAUAUGUGGCGGAUGGGAAAAGUUCAAGAGUUCAAGCGAAACUAUCGCCCUCUCUCAGCGCUGAGUUUUGCGACUGUUCUGGCUGCUGUGUGGGAGUACCUCUUGAUGGCGAAUACUCAAGGGCUGGAAAAUGGUGGAUUGGCUGGUCUGUUUUGGGCCUACGUAUGGAAUUUCAUCGGAUUCAGUUUCGUUGUUCUGUCUUUGGCUGAAAUGUCAUCGAUGGCACCCACAACUGGAGGCCAAUAUCAUUGGGUUUCCGAAUUCGCGCCUCCUAAACACCAAAAGUUUCUCAGUUAUAUCACAGGCUGGAUGUCAACUUUGUCAUGGCAAGCAGGAAAUGCUUCCGGGUCCUUCCUCACAGGAACGAUUGUCCAGGCACUUCUCGUAGUCAACUACCCAAACUACCAACCCACAGCUUGGCAAGGAACCCUGUUCGUCUUCGCCAUGGUAUUGGUCCUCUUCAUCGUGAACAUUUGGGGUGCACCAGUCUGGGCAUUGAUCCAGAACGGCUUGAUGGUCUUGCACAUCUUGUUUUUCCUGGUCGUCAUAAUCGUGCUUUGGGUCAUGGCCCCUCAUCAGAGUGCGAAGGCAGUGUUCACAGAAUUUUCCAAUGAGGGUGGUUGGUCUUCAAUGGGCCUCAGCAUCUUGGUUGGACAGAUAACGGCAAUUUAUUCGCUGCUGGGUUGCGACGCAACUGCCCACAUCGCCGAAGAGGUCAGAGACGCUGGUCGAUAUGUCCCAAUUUCCAUUUUCUGGAGUUAUAUCGCCAAUGGAGUCAUGGCCAUCAUCUUCCUUGUCACCUACCUUUUCUCUAUCGAGAGUGUCGACGAUGCACUCAGUGAUCCAACUGGAUACCCUUUCAUCUACGUCUUCAGGAAUGCGAUGUCCAACCAGGGGGUUACCGCACUUACCAUCAUUGUCCUCCUCAUCGUUAUUGCAGCAAACAUCUCAUGGAACGCCUCGACAGCUCGUCAAACCUUCGCAUUUGCAAGAGACAGCGGCCUCCCCUUCUCCAAGUGGAUAGGGCAUGUGAGCACCACGAAGCAACUCCCUGUAAACUCUAUUAUCCUCACCUGCGUAAUUACCUGCCUCCUCUCCCUCAUAAACAUCGGCUCCUCCACAGCUUUCAACGCCAUCAUUUCCGUCCAAAUCGUCGCAAUCAUGCUAACGUACUGCAUCUCUAUGUGCUGCGUUCUCUAUCGCCGCGUUGCGCACCCCGAGCUCAUUCCAAAAGCACGCUGGAGCCUCGGUCGCUGGGGAGUGGCUGUCAACCUGAUCGGCAUUGUCUACGUCACGUUCAUCUUCUUUUGGUCCUUCUGGCCGCAACAGGUACCAGUCACGGCGCAGAACUUCAACUGGGCUGUUGUGCUUUUUAUGGGUACGCUGAUCAUAUCUCUGAUCAUGUAUGUUGUUCAGGGAAGAUAUGUGUACAAGGGCCCAGUCACAAUCAUCAAGGCUGCGAGGGUGGAAUAA